UCGACACUACCCGUAUUGAAUGAGAAUAAAUUUCAUGGUUGAAAUCACGUGACCUUGCGAACGACCUCUAAUUUGGCACAAACGUAUCCGUCAUUUGGUCCUCCUUUAUUAUAUUCUGAAAUAUAUUUCGAAGUGCUCGUGGACAAUUUUUGGUGCGAAUAGAUAUUGUUAAAGCGAUCAAGAUAUGAUACGUACCACGGCGAGGCUACGUAAUGAUUUGGCACGCACGAUACUUCGAAGUGGUGUGGGCACUAACAUCGUUAGAACCGUGAUCAUUAGAUGUCUUCACAGAAAAUAUUUACAAAGAGUAUAUCACUGCUUUCUUGCUUGGUAUUCAGGAUUCAGGUCCACGAUAGUUUACGUUUUACGGUGAUACCAUGGCAGCAGCAAUUACGGUUUUAUGCAGACUUUCCUGACCAUGUUAAAGUACAAUUACCUGCACUUUCUCCUACUAUGGAAACGGGCACUAUUGUAAGUUGGCAAAAAAAAGAAGGAGAUAAAUUAAAUGAAGGUGAUUUAUUAGCAGAAAUUGAAACAGAUAAAGCAACAAUGGGAUUUGAAACACCAGAAGAAGGUUAUUUAGCUAAAAUACUUGUACCUGCUGGAUCAAAAAAUGUUCCGAUAGGCAAACUUGUUUGCAUCAUUGUUCCAAAUGAAGAAUCAGUUGCUGCUUUUAAAGACUUUAAAGAUGAUACAGUAGCACCACCUAUUGCACCAUCAGCACCUGCUGCACCAACACCUGCUGCACCAACGCCUGCUGCACCAACACCUGCAGUUGCACUUCCACCUACGAAAAUCACACCAGGAGAAAGGGUAUAUGCCAGUCCAUUAGCUAAAAGAAUUGCUGCAGAAAAAGGGCUUAGUUUAGAGGGCCUAAAAGGAACAGGUUUAUACAGUUCCAUAACAUCUAAAGAUCUCGAAGGUGCUCCAGUUGCUGCAAAACCAACUGUACCAGCGAAAGGAGUUGAUGUCGCAGAUGGCAUCGAUGUCCCUGUUUCAAAUAUACGGGCAGUUAUAGCAAAACGUCUACUUGAAAGCAAAAGAAGUAUUCCUCAUUAUUACCUAUCAAUAGAUAUAAAAAUGGAUGCAGCAUUAGCAAUGCGAGAGCAAUUUAAUAAGAUGUUAGAAAAAGAGAAAAUAAAAGUAAGCGUAAAUGAUAUUAUUAUAAAAGGGAUGGCAAUGGCUUGUAAAAAAGUACCCGAAGGUAAUAGUGCUUGGAUGGGAGAUGUUAUAAGACAGUAUAAUAAUGUAGAUGUAAGUGUAGCAGUAAGCACAGAAUCUGGUUUAAUUACACCUAUAGUAUUUAGUGCCGAUACAAAAGGUAUUGUCGAAAUUAGCAAAGAUGUGAAGGCAUUAGCAGCCAAAGCAAGGGAGGGAAAGCUGCAGCCACAAGAAUUUCAAGGAGGCACAAUAACUGUUUCGAAUUUGGGAAUGUUUGGCAUUAAAAACUUUUCUGCUAUUAUAAACCCACCUCAAUCUAUUAUUCUUGCAGUAGGUUCAACGGAAGUAAGAUUAAUACCUGCAAAGAAUGAAAAAGGAUUCAUAACUGCCCAAUAUAUAUCUGUAACAGCUAGUUGUGACCAUCGCACAGUAGAUGGUGCGGUAGGUGCACAGUGGCUUUCAGCCUUUAAAAACUUCAUGGAAAAUCCAACAUCCAUGCUUUUGUAGUAAGUCUCAACAAGCGUCUUCAUUCAGAAGUGAAAGAAAUACAUUAUUACGUGAAGCAACAUUAUAUCGUGAAAAGCUAAUCACUAAUUUAGUGAUACAUGAUUUUUUUGAUUAAUGUCAUCAAUGUUGCUAUGAUAAAUGCACGUAAAAGAUUAAGGACUAUCAUCUGAAAGUGUCUUUAAAAAGAAAAAAUCAAUCUGAAAUAUUUUAUGUUCAAUGUAGAAGACAUACUGCCAAUUUAGUUCUAACAAUUGAUUGAAUGAUCUAAAAAUGAAUGAAAUGAAUUCUUGGUAAAUACCUAUUAAACAUCUGAAUUAGUGUGCCAAUAAUAUCUUGGUAUCGAUCUUCGGUGGCCACUUGUACAUAUAUGUAUUUAUGUAAAUUGCUUUGUUUAUAUAGCUCGAAAAAUGACCAUCAAAUUAAUUACCAAGAAAUUGAUGAAAUACAAAUUAAAAAAUAAACUUUAUUUAAUAUAUGUA